AUUUGCCUUAAGUGUGGCAACGCUAAAUAAACACGGUAUAAGAUUAAAUAAAUUUUGUAGUAAUAAUACAAUACGGGAAAAGUGAUAGGACUGCCGAAAUACUUUUGAAUAAAUAUCGUCUUUAAAUUGGCGAUACCUUACAAAAGUUAAUUACACUUUGGACGCGUGAAUAGUUAUGCAGAAGAGCAAAAGAAUGCGCGUGUCGGGGGCAGACAAGAGUCGUGGUGUUGUAAAGAAUUUGCCCAGUGGGGGCCAAGAACGAACCACCAAUCGCCAGAAUGGAAACAAAACAAGUGGCCUUCAAAAGGGGGCGCAGCUGUUCGUCCAACGAAAAAAGCGCCGUUCGCUGCGCGCUGAGAAUAAUUCUUCCGAGGGAGAAAAGAUCUAUAGUAAUACCAAAUGUUGUGUUAUCUGUGGAAACAAUAAUGAAGUAGUUGAUUUAUCUUCAAACCCUAUAAUGAAGAGGACAAUGGCCUCCUACUGUCAAGACGACGGUGUGAAUCUCGAUGACUGUUUAUCCUCCCUUUGCAUAGCAUGCGUAUUUAAGUCAAGAGCUGUGGAAGAAGUUCAAAAUAAUAUAAAAGUACGCUUGCAAGGAUUUAGUAAUGGUCUAAUGUUGAAAUCGACUAAAAGACAAGGUUUUAAUAUGGGCAGAGAAGAAUAUGCUGAAGGAAAUACGGCGGAAGAAACCAUUUUUGGAAUAAAUGACAGCAAUGAACACUCUUCUGAAAUGAAACUCAGUGUUAUUAAGCGUUCCAAUGAUAUGAGUAGUGAAUCGAUUCAAACUUCACUUGAACAAGUAAGAAUCAUGGAAUCAUGCGAAAGUGAUUCUCGAUUAUGUUGUACUGCUUCCCUAAUACCUGCUUCAAGUACUCCACUAUCAUUUAACCAUCCGUCCCGACCCCAACGACACCAACCCACUUUAAGUAAAUAUAUUUACAAAAAUAGUGUGCUCGAUAACUCCAUCGAGAAUUCAGAUAAUAAAAGUAAUGUCCAAUUGGCGAACUAUACACUGACUGAGAUUUCACAGCUGUCCUCAAUGCAUAAUGUGGACUCGAUGAAUACGAAAUAUAAUGCUGAGGUGCAAACUUCUUUAUACCAAGAAGGAGUAGAAUUAGUGACAAUAUCGAACCAUCCGUCGUCAUAUACAAAUUCUACACACUCGCAGAACGGUAUAAAUAAUUCAAUGCUACAAGUUAUUCGUGAACGCUCUGAAUCAGUUCUAAUAACAGAAUCCGGUGGAAAAAUUAAUAACUAUAAACGUACUUUGCGCCCAGUAGGCCCGAGGCUCUGCCAAUAUUGUGGUAUUAGCUACAUACGCAAAGACCAUUACAAUAAGCAUAUACGACGCUGUCGAACACUUUCUAUACGAAGUGUAUCUUCCUUAACUGCCACUAUUGAAGAAAAAAAAGAAACUGUUAGUGCCAAACGUUUUCGAAUGAAUGGUGUAAACAAUUGUGCUCCCCCCGCAGCAAUUGAGACAUCCAAGCGGACGCGCAGAUUUCAUUGCACCGAAUGUCUGGCAACGGUGGAUAGCAUCAAAGAGUUGAAGGAACAUCGAGCAACUCAUCUGCGCAAAUAUAACUGCGAUAUGUGUGACAAAAAGUUUAAUACCUUGCAUGAACAUGAUUUUCAUCGAAUCGUUUGUUUGGCGGAAAAGCAGGUCUGGCAAGAUCAACAACUCGAUGAAGAUCAGAAAGAGCGGCAUGUAAAUAACAAAAAUAAAUCAAUUGUCAGAUCGGAGCGAUCUGUCACAAAAUCAGUAAUGAAUUGUCGUAUUACACGUGCUCGAAGUCGAGCUCGGACAGAUGUGGUGGAAAAACCGGCAGAAAAGCCCAAAUUAACUGUUGACGAGAAAAGUGAUAUUGAUGCUGGUUACACAAGCAAUGAUGACGACGAUGAUGUGUCCGUUGCAGACUCAAUGGAUUCGAGACGAAGAAUCUACACGGAUGAUUGGUUGGACCAACGCAAUGUUACUGAAAUUUAUGAUCUGCCAGUGAUGCACAUAGAUAAUGAAAAAGAGUAUGAUCUUUAUUUACUAGAAAAACUAAAAUCGCAAAUAAAAGCGCAAGAGUUUACGUGUUUGGCCGAAAACUGUAACUUCUUCACAGACACACUAUUGAACUUAAUGCUUCACGACUAUGUUCACCAUUUCAAAAGCUCGUGGUUUUAUUGUCAGAAAUGUGGUAGCGUAUUUACAAGCAAAGUUUUCUUGGAUUACCACUUGGAUCGUCAAAAUGGAGGCAGAUUCAUUUGUUAUAAAUGUAACGAACAAUUCAUGUUUCAACAUCAACUGGACUUGCAUUUUAUAGCACACACCAAGCAAGUGAAUCACGCUUGUGGUAAAUGCAACUGUGAAUUUCUCACGGAAGGAAAAUUGUUUCAGCAUAUAAAGCUUGAACACAACAAUGAGAUUGAAAAGAAACUAAUAUGUAUUCAGAGUAAAACAACAUUCGCAUCUUCUCGAUCGUUGGAUGAAAAUAGGUAUAUAAAUGGUAGAGAGCAUAGAAAGUAUUCCGUAAAAACACUGAAUAUGCAUCUACCGCGCAUGUCAUCAAAGAGGCCUUUGGAACUACCGGGACAUAAACCAUACCGUCGUCGCAUUGGUGUCAUUGAAUUCGAGAAUGAGAGAAACCCUAAUUGUUGUAGUUGUAAAUAGUAUUUACACAAUCAGGGAAGUUGCCCAAUGAAAUAUUUCUUCUGUAGGGUCAAUACAAAUUUGGCAAUCCGUACAACACUCAACAAGAACCAAAUACUUGAUGGUACAAAAAUUCUAUCGUUUUAAAACCAAAAUAUGUAUGAAAGAAUUUUUGUGCGCUGGCAAAUAUGUUUUAUCCGUCAAUCUGCAUCCUUUGGUCGCUUUUUGUUUCAAAACCUAGUUUUGAGAAUUUUUACCGUACUUAAACUUAACCCAUAAGAAUUGCUCAACUCUACUUUAUAAGAAUUCUAUGACCUAUCCCGUUUCAAACUAUAGGAAAUUUUAUUUUUUGCACUAAUAUAAAACAAGAUAAGGUAUUAUAAGAUAGCAAAUGUUUGUAUAUAAAUUACAUUGUUGCCUCACUUGUAUAAAUAAAACAAAGUGUAAUAGCCACUGGGCCUUUACAAACGAAUUGGAUCAAUUUGUUAGGUAAUUAUGUAUAACAAGCUUUACACAAUACCAAGUACAUAUAUAUAUAUAUAUAUAUAUACAAUAUAAUUUUUUAUUAUGCUUUUUAUAUCGUACACACUUUGUAUAUAUCGCGUUCAAACCCCCAUAAUGAGCAAUCCAAUCCUUGUGGCUACGCAAUUAAAAAAAGUCUGAACUACUAAACCUUAACUCGAAGAAUAAGGAGAAAUUUUAAUAAAGAUGUAUUGUACAUCUUUUAUAUACGCAAGUGAAUAGUUUUAGAAAAAAUGUAUACAAUGCGUCAUUAAAAUAUAUAAUUAGAAAAAUUCGAGAGAUUCGCAUGUCUUUAUUUAAAAAUUGUUUUUGCCCUUUUUUGUUGAAUAAUGUUAUUAGUGUAUCUUAAGAGAUUAUAUACUUACAUGUAGUAUAACUGAAAAUUUAAUAAUAAAAAUAUGUUCCGCACACCCAUAUAUAAAUGCACACCUAGCAUAUGCGUAAUCUAGUUGUAAAAAGGAUGUGUAAUAUUUCAGGUGUAAACCAGUGUCAUUAGUUAAAAAUACACUACGCUUUCUAGUAACUUAAGCCACUAUGUAUGUAUAUUGAAUUGUUUAUACUAAAAAAUUGUGAAAAAAUAAAUAUGUGUAUUGAAAUACA